CACAACAACAUUUUCUGGUGCAUGUUAAUUGUUAACAUGUUUAAGUAGUUAACUUUGAUAUAGCUACUAAAAAAAAAACUUAAACAAUGAAGAUCAUGUUUUGUUUUCUGUUAACAUAAACCUUCAGGAAUAGAAACCGAGAAAGAGAAUAAUUGACUUUCAGUCACCGGGCCGUCCCCUGAUAUCCUCGUGUCUCAUCACAGCUACUGUAAAUACCAUUUUACACACAUCCUGGACCAUUUCUUUUUACUUUUAAAGAAAGAACGUUGUCACGACAAUAAGGCAGGAGAAAAGAAAAGUGUCAGAAGAGAAAAGAAAAGAAAAACAACAAAAACUCACUUCAGGAAUAAAGUUUCACAUGACCCAGGUGGCGCUGUGAUGAAGCUCCACCGGAGAAUCUUAACCCACUACCUGUCCUGCACCUCACCGGUGGAUAAAGAGGGAUAUCUUUAUAAAAAGAGAGGGAGAAACACAUCGUACCUGCGCCGCUGGUUUGUCCUGAAGGGGAAUCUGCUGUUCUAUCAGGAUCGUCCGGCUGACCGCCGUCUGCUCGGAGUGAUCGUGCUCGAAGGCUGCGUCGUUCAAACCGAAGAUUCAGACGUCACCUUCUCUCUGGUGUUCACCGGCCCCGGACUUCGCUCCUAUCAGCUCGCUGCAGACGAUCAGCCGAGCAGAAAGAGCUGGGUGAACGCUCUCCUGUCAGCAAGCCACGUCUACAUCUCACUGCUCGUCAGGGACCUUGCACAUCUUUACCAAGAAGCUAAAGAAGGGAAAAGCCUCAGUGAUUCUCCUCAUUCUUCUACAGCGACAGAUUCCUGUGUGAAAAUGUCCAGCUCGGUCAUCGCCGCCUUCUAUGCAGGAUCGCCGUAUUCGUCUCAGAGCUCUGCACUGACACACAGAGACACGAGAAGCUACAGUACGAGCCACGCCUACCCCGGACACCACGCCCACCACGCCCCAUCCGUGCCAAACAGAUCAGCUAAUAAACGAUCACCGAAACACUGGCCCAAAAGAAACGCCCACGUCACGCCUCUAAACGGCCCCGCCCCCAAAUACGGGGAGUGGCCUUUGGUUGGAUUCGACCCGAUGGACGAAUUUGUUAAACUUCACGAGUAUUACGGAAACGAGGUGAAGCAGGUCAGAGCUGAUUGGCUGAAGAAGAAACAGCAAGAGGCGGGACAUGUCGAAGAAGAUCUUAUCAAAUUAGUGUGAUGUGAUGUAACUCAUCCUCACACAAAAUAACAGAUACUUUAACGCUAAGAUCUAAACACCAUCGUAUCGAUGCUCCAUUGAGGAACGACCGAAGGAAGCGAGACUUUCCAGUCGCGGUGCGACUUUUACAGAAAACGAUCAUGAAGAUCUUCUCUCUUCCUGUUCUGAACAACUCAGCACACCACUUCUUCAUUUCUGUUCUCCAAACUCAAAAGGAAACGAGAAACGUAAUGCAAAUAUCGACUCAUUUAAACCGAGGGCACGACUGCGUUCAUUUUCAUCUCAACAUGCGGUAACAAAGUCGAGACAACCAUUAGACCUAAUUCAGAAGGCGUGACGUGAUUUUAAUACGUGGGAACGUUUUUCAUUACGGUUCCUUUAACUAACAUUAUUUAACUAAACAUUAACUUCAUUGUCAGAUUGAGAUGAACACAAUAAAUAACACCCGCGGUACAUAACACGUAAUAAGUGAAGGCUAGAGUGAAAAUUCAACAUGAAGCGAUGUCAGGGGUCCAAGCACCGCUCAGAGACGCAGCAGGAACAUGACAUCAGCUUAAUGAGACAAAUAAAUGCAUAAUAAGACCUGACUAAAAUGUUGAUAUAAAAAAAAAGAGAUUUCGAAACACGCUGAAAGUGAAUUUGAAACCGAUUGUAACAGUCAGACCAGAUAUGUACAUAUGGUGUAAAAAUGGUAGCUAUAACCUUUAAUCAAGUGUUCUUAACCUUGCAGCUUUUAAACAAACUUUAAUGAACAUGUCUUGGAUGUUUAUUAGGUGUGAAUGAAAUUUCUGGCUUGAUGGCUGCUUUUCUCCAAGUUUGGAUUCGCUCCAAAUAACAUGUACAGGUUGAGGCCCGGAGACCUUUAAUCUACAGUAUUACGUUUAUUAAAGGUGCGGUGCACGAUGUUGGAAAAAUGCUUCAGAAAACUGAGUCGCCCGACAAACAAAACAAACGUGUAGCCAAUGAGCAUAAAGGGGCGUGUCUUAUUAAUAUUCAAUUCAAUUCAA